UGGAAACUAUUAGUUCCGCCCGGUAGCAAGUAACGAGGGAGAAAUAAAAGGUCAAUGCUCCUGCGGGAGGACUUGUUUGGAGCGGAUCGGCUGCGAUGGCUGCGAGCGUCGAGAAGUCUGCACUUUACGUUCCAACUUUAGAGGAGCUUUGUGAAGUGCUGCAAGAUGGGUUGAAGAAGAACUUUGCAGAGGCUCAGGUAUCGGUGGUGGACUGCCCAGAUCUUACACAGGAGCCCUUCAAUUUUGCUGCAGCAGGUCUAUGUGGGAAACCCAGAAUAGCAGACGUGGGUGGAGUUCCUUACCUUUUACCCCUUCCACAAACUGAUAAGAUCUAUAAUCUCAGUACUGUCGCUGAGCAAGUGGAACUGCCUGGUGCCUUCAUCCUCGGAGCUGCUGCAACGUCGUUUAAAGCUGUUGGUGUGAAUGCAGAGCUUAUGCCUAAUGUCUUCACUAAAGGAAAUGGGAAACCUGACAUAAAUCACAGUUACAGUGCCAAAAUAGACCCAGCCACUGGUGGAUUUAUCCUGGAGAAAUAUGGGGAAAAGUGUAAGACCUGCGAUUUUGCAUUACUGGCUAAUUUAUACAUCAGUGAAGGGAAUCCUGGAAAGGUUGUGGAAGUAAGGAGUUGUAGAAGAACAGGACAAAGUAACUUCGUAAGCUGCAUGAGAGAAGCACUUGCAAAACAUUUUGGAGAUAAACCUGUAGCAAUGGGAGGGGCUUUCCUCAUUCAGAAAGGAAAGGCCAAGAUUCAUGUUAUGCCUGACUUUUCUCCCUGUCCUUUGAACAGUGAUGAGGAGGUAAACAAAUGGCUGAAAUUCUUUGACAUGAGUGCUCCCCUCAUCUGCCAGUCUGUGUUUGUGUCUCAUGACCUGGGAUUUGAUCUUCGGGUUGAACAUACCCAUUGCUUCAGCCAUCAUGGAGAGGGUGGACAUUACCACUACGACACCACCCCGGACUCUGUAAAAUACCUGGGCUACUUCCUGCCAGCAGACAUCCUUUAUCGCAUUGAUCGACCAAAGAAAACUUAAAUUGGACGUGAUUAGCAGCAUUUCUAGCCUAUCAUUUUGAAACUAUGAAAACAUUCUCAGUUCCUAGACAGAACAUCCAUGCUGUUGUAAUGAUUUCCAUAAAGUGUCUCAAUAAGGGUUAUGGUUACAUGUAAAGACGAAUGUAGUAAAUUUCCCCAUUAUGUUUGGUUUAGUGUGAAAAGAUAAUAAUGCCAUUUAUGGUCAAUUUGGAUCAUCUGUUGAGUGAAUUUAAAGUGCGUGAAUCUUGGCUAAAGUAUUAGUGAUUACAGGGUUUUCAGUGACAGCGAAGUGAAUUUGAAGUCAUUAUUGUGAUCUAUUUUUUUUCCCAUAGUUUAAUGGUAAAUGCAGGUUAAGUCUGGGCAUGAAAAUGGAUCAUUGAUUGACGUGGUGUCUAAUUUGUACAGAAUACUGUUCAGAUUGUGUCAUAAAUUGCAGUUGUGUGAAAUAAAUGUAAGUGCCCCUGCUGAA